CUCGAUGUGGUCAGUGGCCUGCUUUUUCUCCACUCUCAAGGCAUCGUCCACUUGGAUCUCAAGCCGGCCAACAUCUUAAUCGGGGAGCAAGAGGUCUGCAAAAUUGGGGACUUUGGGUGUUCGCAAAGGAUAGAAGACCUUUUGGGCUUGAGCGCCCACCAUUGCCACCUGGGCGGUACAUACACACAUAGGGCACCAGAGAUUCUCAAAGGAGAGACAGUGACUGGCAAAGCAGACAUCUAUUCUUUUGCCAUCACGCUCUGGCAAAUGGUCACAAAAGAAGUGCCUUAUUCCGGUGACCACCAAUACAUACUGUAUGCAGUGGUGGCCUAUAACCUUCGUCCACCAUUCACGUGCUCUGUCUUCACUGACUCACUACCUGGCCAAAGACUGGAACACAUUAUCCGAUGCUGCUGGACCGCUGACACGUUGGUCAGACCCAGCGCAGACUUGCUCCUGGGUGAUCUUAAUUCCUUGCACGCUUACUUGGCAGACUUGAAUGCUAGAAGUUAA